AUGUUAGCUAUUGUUAAAAAACUAAAUUGGGAUGCAGCGGUUCAUAAGUCAUCAUCAUCAUCAUCAUCAUCAUCAUCAUCAUCAUCAUCAUCAUCAUCAUCAUCAUCAUCAUCAUCAUCAUCAUCAUCAUCAUCAUCAUCAUCAUCAUCAUCAUCAUCAUCAUCAUCAUCAUCAUCAUCAUCAUCAUCAUCAUCAUCAUCAUCAUCAUCAUCAUCAUCAUCAUCAUCAUCAUCAUCAUCAUCAUCAUCAUCAUCAUCAUCAUCAUCAUCAUCAUCAUCAUCAUCAUCAUCAUCAUCAUCAUCAUCAUCAUCAUCAUCAUCAUCAUCAUCAUCAUCAUCAUCAUCAUCAUCAUCAUCAUCAUCAUCAUCAUCAUCAUCAUCAUCAUCAUCAUCAUCAUCAUCAUCAUCAUCAUCAUCAUCAUCAUCAUCAUCAUCAUCAUCAUCAUCAUCAUCAUCAUCAUCAUCAUCAUCAUCAUCAUCAUCAUCAUCAUCAUCAUCAUCAUCAUCAUCAUCAUCAUCAUCAUCAUCAUCAUCAUCAUCAUCAUCAUCAUCAUCAUCAUCAUCAUCAUCAUCAUCAUCAUCAUCAUCAUCAUCAUCAUCAUCAUCAUCAUCAUCAUCAUCAUCAUCAUCAUCAUCAUCAUCAUCAUCAUCAUCAUCAUCAUCAUCAUCAUCAUCAUCAUCAUCAUCAUCAUCAUCAUCAUCAUCAUCAUCAUCAUCAUCAUCAUCAUCAUCAUCAUCAUCAUCAUCAUCAUCAUCAUCAUCAUCAUCAUCAUCAUCAUCAUCAUCAUCAUCAUCAUCAUCAUCAUCAUCAUCAUCAUCAUCAUCAUCAUCAUCAUCAUCAUCAUCAUCAUCAUCAUCAUCAUCAUCAUCAUCAUCAUCAUCAUCAUCAUCAUCAUCAUCAUCAUCAUCAUCAUCAUCAUCAUCAUCAUCAUCAUCAUCAUCAUCAUCAUCAUCAUCAUCAUCAUCAUCAUCAUCAUCAUCAUCAUCAUCAUCAUCAUCAUCAUCAUCAUCAUCAUCAUCAUCAUCAUCAUCAUCAUCAUCAUCAUCAUCAUCAUCAUCAUCAUCAUCAUCAUCAUCAUCAUCAUCAUCAUCAUCAUCAUCAUCAUCAUCAUCAUCAUCAUCAUCAUCAUCAUCAUCAUCAUCAUCAUCAUCAUCAUCAUCAUCAUCAUCAUCAUCAUCAUCAUCAUCAUCAUCAUCAUCAUCAUCAUCAUCAUCAUCAUCAUCAUCAUCAUCAUCAUCAUCAUCAUCAUCAUCAUCAUCAUCAUCAUCAUCAUCAUCAUCAUCAUCAUCAUCAUCAUCAUCAUCAUCAUCAUCAUCACAUUUUGUCGAUAAAAACUAUCUGACUUGCAACACGGUUGAAAUCUACUGGUUACAGACUAUUGCUAGAAUAUCUGAUCAUAAUCAACUGGACAACAGUUAA